UACCAAACAGUUCUUAGGAUCCCUAAAACUCCCAAUUAUAUUACCAUGGACCGAAUUUUUUAAAUUUUCAGGGUUUUUUCCUUUCUAUUUCUCCGUUUCUGUUUCAUUAGGUAAAAAGAAAAUCCUAAAAAGGAUUCAAAUUCGUGAAAUUUGAAAUUCUAAGUCCAUGGAAAUCCAAGAAGUAUCGAGCACCUCAAAUCUAGCAGUUGGUUUAGGUGUAGAUGAUGAUGACGACGAUGAGAGGAGCAGCAUCAAUAAAGAUCGAGUUCGCGUCAAAAGAAAAACGUUGAAAACAGUUCUUGAGCAGUGCCAAAGAGCUCUGGAAUUGCUUAGUAACUCCGAUGUUGAUCUUCUUAGUGACGAUGAUGAUGACGACAACGACGACGGCGAUAAGCUAGAAGACUCCAGUUCAGAGAGUUCUUCUUCUGCGCCUCCUGUAGAUAAAGAAGCUUAUGAGUUAUGUAACCUUCUCAGAUCGAGAGUUGAAUGUGCUGAUUUCCUAGAAAAGCUAGAGUUUGCUCAAGUGUCUGUUCCACAAAAUAUAGCUGAAGAUGGUAAUUCUUGGGACGUGGUCAGUGCAAAUGAUCUAUGGGAAAAUGAAAAUUCUGGUUCAGAUGGUCAAGAUGAGUAUAUUUUUGUUCGGCAAGAAGACAUAGUAGAGGGUAUUGCAUGCUUCACAGCUGCUUAUUUAUAUUCCAUUGAACAGACUAAGGACUUGACCCCUAAUCAACUUCAGAAAGCUCUCGGCAAGACAUUCUCAGUUAAAAAGAAGAAAGGGAAACUUCGGAAGGCAUGGGAUGGAAGCAAAGUCGUCUAUAAUGUAGCUUCCUGGGGAGCAACUGCCAUCGGGAUAUACCAAAACCCAGUUAUUGUUAGAGCAGCUUCAAAAGCAUUCUGGACUUCUUGCCAUGUUAUAUCGAAGCUCCUCUGAUCCUCAAGUUAUGACUUGGGAAGUGCUAUGUUGUAACUGUGCUUUGAUUAUCCAACUUGAUUUGAUCUUGUAAAUAUUUUUUAAGGACUUCCAAGUAAUUCAAAUUCAUUGGUAAAUUCUCAUUGUAAGCUUUAUUUGCUCUCACCGUACGCGUAGCAAAUGUAUAUUUGGAAUUCAGCUGCGGACAGUUGUGUAGCCUCCUUAUUCAUAAUGUUCAGACUUGAAACAUGUCCA